AGUUGAUUGAAAUUUCUGUUAGAUCGUAGUUAGCCAAUGCAUGGAUCAAAUGCCAUUCAUUGUAUGGGAAGAAGAUUUUCAGCAAUUAUUUUGUAAUACUGUCGUUAAACUUUAAUUACCUUUUGCAGAUAAUUGGUAAAUAUACAAAAUGCCAGCAAUAACUGAAAUUUUCUACAAUUUUCUGGACAGUAGUAAAAUUUGUGAGACAAGACGAAUUAAGAGACGUAAAAAAUGUUAAAUACUUGGCUCAAUCAUCGAUUUAAACUUUCAUUUGGUGCAUUUUAACAGAUCACUAUUUUACAAUAAUAUGAAUAUAUUCUGACAGAUAAAAAAGUAUAUGUUGUCUAACAAAAUGUUUGUACAAUUUAUUUAGUAAAAUGGUCCAAAGAACCGUCAUGGUCUUUAUAACAAGGAUGGCGUCAUCCGAAUGUGUUUGCAUAGUUUUAUCGAAGCUAUGGAUUUGUUAAAGUUAAUCAAACACAUUUUAUAUACCAAGUUAAAGUGAGAUAAACUUUACUGAAAUAGUUCAUUGGUAUACUGUUGUUUUUACCACUGAUUAAUACUCGAUAAAAAUUAGGAAAAUCAGGGCGCAGUGCGUUGUGUUAGCAGUCAAACAUUGAGGUAGUUUUGCGCUGGUGUGACUGAGAGCUAGUAGCAAUAAACGUCUAUAUUUUUCACGAGAAAUGGUCAACGAAGAAUAAAAAGGAAUUAAAUUGUGGAGCCAAUAUUUGGACAAUGUCCACAUAGUAAAUAUAAUAUUGUAAAAACAGGUUGAGAAAUUACAAGGUUGCGAAAAAACCGGAACGUACAUUGCAUGAAAUUCAAAGGCUGUGUUUUGCAUAAGAAAAAUUUUAACUUUAUUGGAGAUCGUACAAGAAAAUGAGUAUAAAGGCCGCCUUAUAAGGAAUUCUUUUUGAAAUGGUUAUCACCUCGCUUCUUUAUUUGAAACUCCAACUUAAAAGCUGCAAAAUGUUUAAGGUUAUGUUUUAUUAAAACAUAAAUUUCUUGUAUUAACAAGCGAAACAACUUAUCAAGACAACACAAACAAACUGGAUUAAUUUACAUAAAUGGAUGAUGCUUGGAGGCAAUGAACGGAAUGGAGAGACAUGGGCAUGGACAUGGACAUUCACAUGCGCACUCGCAUCGUCAUCGCCAUUCACAUGGAAAUUCACAAAGUGCAUCACAAAACUCAAAUCAAUCGUCAAAACAUAGCCAUACUCAUGUAACACAUUCACAGAAAGAUGCAUCGGUUGUACAGACACCUCAGAAGCCAAGAAAUUAUAAAUUACUAGUUGAUCCAUUCUUAGUCAAAGGUGCAACAAAAUUAUAUAGAUAUGAUGGCAUGGUACCAGGAGAUCCAACUUAUCCUGAAGUUCAACCACGAGAUCCUAGGUCACAGUUAACAAGAAUAUGGACUCGUUUAGAACAACUUGACUUGCCUGUACCUAGAUUUAAAAUUGACUCUAAUUAUUGUGGUGAACCACCUCCACUUGAAGUAACAUUUUGCCAUUUAAAUGACAAUAUUGAUAAAACCUUUUUAACAGACAUGGUUCAAAAGUUUGGAGUUGUAGAAGAACUUACUGUUUAUUACCAUCCUAUAACUAACAAGCAUCUUGGAAUCGCUAGAGUGGUAUUUGAAACUACAAAGGCUUCAAAAGCAUGUGUAGAAAAAUUAAAUAAUACAUCUGUGAUGGGCAAAGUCUUAAGAGUGUUUUUGGAUGCGUUUGGAGAAGAGUGUAAAAAGAUCUAUGAUGAACUGACUAUAGAGAAAAAGCCAGAAAAGAAAGUAGAAAAGGAAUUAAAAUCUGAAAAUGAUCAAGGAAAACAUACACCUAUUGAUAAAAUUGUUGAAGACAGAGAUGAUUUCCGGAGUAGUAAAAAAAUAGUGUCAAAUAUAGACAAAUCCAGAGAUACAUACAUAGAAAACUCAAGAUACAGCAAAUAUAGAGAUUACCCUACUCCUAGUGGCAGUACUGGAAGCGAUUUAGGCUAUGGUACUGCACCUAGUGAAUUAAAUUAUUCCAAUAAUUAUUCUCAAAAUUCUACUCCAGCCACAAACUAUGAUUUUUAUUAUGGUGGUUAUCAUCAUCAACCUCCAAAUAAUUACCUAGCGAAUAUGUCUCAAAAUGUAUCUCAAAAUCUUCCAAUUCAACAAAAUUCAAGUAUGUGGUGGGGAAAUAAUACAGGACCAGCUAAUUAUGCGUCAUCAUCUAUGUGGCCUGUACAACAUGGAGCAAAUUUAGAUAAUUCUAAUUCUAAUGUAAUUCCAAUUACAAAGGCUUCUAAUGUAAAAAUGCAUCAUACUCCUAAAAAGGAAAAGGAGAAAGAAAAUCAGAGUGGUACAAAAAGCUCUUCAAGAGACUCACCAGUAGAAACUCGUAAAACAUUAGAUUUAGAUACAAGAAUUGCCAUGUUGUUAAAGGAUAAAGCAGGCGGAAUGGCACCACCCUUUCUACAGUUUGGUAGCGAUUCUGAAGAUGAAAAAAGGUCUAUCAGUGCAGACAAUGAAAUGCUUUCAGAACCUCCAAGUCCUUUCUUAUCUCAUGAAACAUAUAAAUCGUGCUUCGAAAAAAUGAGAGAGAAAAAUAAAGAAAGGUGGAAAAUACAUGAGAACAACAUUAAUCAAUUUUCGGUUGACGAAGAAUUAGGUAGCAUUAUAAGUUCAAGUGAAGAUGAAGCAUUACUUGAAAGUUACAGUCCUGCACCAGAUGAAAUUGAACCAGAACCACCAAAAGAACCACCACCUCCACCUCCUCCUGAUGACGAUAGGAUGUCAUUAAGUCCAUUAAGUUCGGGAGAUGAAAAAAUUGAAGAGGUGAUAGCUCAAGCGGAACCUACAAGUCAGUUAUAUCCAGGAGCAGGUUAUCCUGGGCAUUUAAGCCAUUAUCCCACUAAUGAUAUGUACCAUUGGCCUCGACCAACUCAAUAUCCAUAUCCUUAUGGGACAACAUACUUACAAAGCCAUUGCCAACCUAAUACUACACCAUUCUCUGGAGCAGUAGGAAAUCAUCAAGGAGCAAAUUAUUAUCCAUCUUUUCAAUCGCGGCUUCAUGCUAUGGCAAAUCAUAAUAUUACAAAAGAUAAUCCACAGGGUCCUACUAUUAAUGGAGUAUUAAACAGAGUUGUAAAUGAAUUAAAACAAAUUUUAAAAAGGGAUUUUAAUAAAAAAAUGAUUGAGAAUACUGCGUUCAAAUUGUUUGAAGUAUGGUGGGAUGAAAAGAAAUCUGAAAAAAAUCAAACUCAAGGAGGAGAUAAUACUAUUGUUAAUAAUAGUAAUAAAGAAGAAGGCUCGAAACCUCAAGGAAUAUCAUUACUUUUAGAACAGGCAACUCCGCUUGGAUUCAAUUACGAUGGAUUUGGUUUGGGAAUUAGAGCUAGUAUGCCAAAGAUGCCUUCUUUCAGGCGUAAAAUUAAAGCUCCAAGCCCAUUGCCACAAGAUGAAGACAGUCGUCAGUCAGGUCAUGGUGAUACUGAAAUCAUAGAAAGUGAUAGCGAUCUUGACUUACUAUCUGUGCAGAAAGUUAAAAGGCCACUUACUUCCUUACCAAGUGUUUCUUCAUCUUCUUCAUCCUCAUCAUCAUCAAACGAAAGCUGUAGCGAUGAAAUGAGCUGCAGUGAAUCUUCCAGCAGCUCAAAUGAUAGUUCCGAUGAUGAAAUAUGUUCUGGAAACUUUGAAGAUGAGGUAUAUGUUAAGUCUACUAGGCAAGAUACAGACAGUCGGGUAUCAGACCAUCGUCCUUUGGCUUGCAAUAGUGAAGAUCCCGAUAUUUUAACAGAAUUAGCAAUUCAAAGAUCUUUAGAUUGUCCAACUCCAACUGGCAGAGAAACGCCAAUACCGGAUAUGAAAAUAAGGGAUGUAAAUUCUAACGAAUUCCCAGAAUAUGAAGAUGAAGAUGAAAUUAGUUCUGUAACAUCCCCCUUAAGAUAUGAAGAUAAGAAAGAAGAAAUCGAAGAGAUAAACGAAAGAUCUGUUGACGAAGAACAGUUUAAUAAAUCUAAAGUAACGUUCAAAGAAACAGAAGAAAAGGUUGUAGAGGAUGAGACAGAGAAGAUGGCGCAAAUUACACUUACUGAAAAAACAACACCGGUGAAACAAGAGCCUCGUGAUAUGCAGAAGAUGGAAAAUUCUGCAGCUGAAGCUUUAAUAACGUUAGCUGGACAAGAUAAUAUUAUAAGACAUACGAGUCCUGGACCAUUACAACCAAAUAUUAUUAGAGUCCUUCAAAAUAUGUCUGCCAAAUACAUUAAUGAUGAACCUAUAUUGAAGGAAUCAGAAAAGAUUGAAAUGUUUAGUGAGAUACCUACUACAGAUUCAGAGGAAGAAAGUUUAGAAAUCAGGAGAUUAAGGUACCAAGCUGAAACUGACCUUCGAUUGAAUGGCCAAAGAAGUCCAAGUUUACGUAGUUCUCAAGUUUCACAAGUAUAUAUGGAACAUUCUUAUUCAUUACCGCCGUCUCAGUCAGAAGUUACAGAAUUUGUAACUCGUCCACCUCCAACGCCAAUCAAAUCUGUAAAAAUAAAAGCUUCGAAAAUUAUUAAAUUGGCCAAGACUAAAGAUAAGACUCAUAAGGUAGAAAAACGAAAAUUCAAUAAAUAUACAAAGAUACAUAGUCAUCAAAACCAUGAAGGAGAGAAAGAGAAUAUUCAAAAUGAAUUUGUUUAUGAAAAGUAUCCUACGAAAAUUGUACAGGAACCAAUGGUAACGUACACGGAACGCGAUCUUAUGUCGGAAAUGGCUAUUUUGUAUGAAUUUUUAACUAGAGGUAUAGAUGCAGAAGACGUGGAAUAUUUAAGACGAAGUUACGAAGCUUUAUUAGCUGAUGAUAGUCAAGGAUAUUGGUUGAAUGAUACACAUUGGGUGGAUCAUCCAGCAACAGAUAUUCCAAGUCCUGUUAAACGAAGAAGAAAAGAUGAACUUAGAUUGCAUGCAAGUGGAAGUGCGAGGACAGAAGGAUAUUAUAAAGUUGACAUACGAGAAAAAGCCAAACACAAGCACCAUUAUGCACAAAGCAUACAACGCAGUCAUGAUGUUGAAGAUAAUAAUGGUCCUUAUGCUGGAGGUGAUGGAACAAUGAAUGGUCCAAAGAACAAUACUAAAGCUUUAACUGGAAAAAUGCAAGCUCUAUCUCGUGAAGCUCGAAGCAAUCAACGUCGAUUAUUAACGGCCUUCGGUAUUGACACCGACAGCGAUCUUCUUAAAUUCAAUCAGUUGAAAUUCAGGAAAAAGCAAUUAAAGUUUGCUAAAUCUGGAAUACACGACUGGGGUUUGUUUGCUAUGGAACCAAUUGCAGCUGAUGAAAUGGUUAUUGAAUACGUUGGUCAAAUGGUUAGGCCAGUCGUUGCUGACUUGAGGGAAUCACAGUACGAAGCUACCGGCAUUGGUAGUUCUUAUCUUUUCCGCAUUGAUUUAGAUACAAUUAUUGAUGCAACGAAAUGUGGAAAUUUAGCACGAUUUAUUAAUCAUAGCUGCAAUCCAAAUUGUUAUGCAAAAGUAAUUACAAUCGAAAGUCAAAAGAAAAUUGUAAUCUAUAGUAAGCAACCUAUAGGAGUUAAUGAAGAAAUUACGUACGAUUAUAAAUUUCCUUUGGAAGAUGACAAAAUUCCUUGCCUAUGUGGAGCUCCUCAAUGUCGGGGUACCUUGAAUUGAAUCAUUCAUAAAACUAUAUUGUUCAUCCUUUUUUCCUGUCUUCUACACUUCAUCAUAUCCUACUCAUAUUUUUGUAAAUAUUUCCCCAUGUAAACAUUUUAUAAAAUGCAAUGGAAAAUGCUAAAUUAUGUUAAUA